AUGUUCAGAUCAUUAUUAGCUAGUGGUGCUAGAUUGUCUUCAUCAUUAAUGAUGAGACAAAACCCAAUCGUUAGUAAACCAAUCACAUCAUAUAUGAAAUCCAUCAGUUCAAACAUCCCCCAAUCAAUCUUUAAUUCAACCAUGUCAAUAAGACAUGCCACUAUAAAUCAAAUCAAAUACGGAAAACAACAAAAGCCAGUUAAACAAACCCUCAGUAAAUCACAAGAAUUACAGAAAAAUCCAUUCAAAAAGGGUGUUGUUGUCAGAAUUAUGAUUUUAAAACCAAAAAAACCUAACUCGGCCAUGAGAAAAUGUUGUAGAGUUAGAUUGAGUAAUGGUAAAGUUAUAUCUGCAUUAAUCCCAGGUGAAGGUCACAAUUUACAAGAGCAUCAUAUUGUAUUGGUUAGAGGUGGUAGAGUUCAAGAUUUGCCAGGUGUUAAAUAUAGAUUAGUGAGAGGUGCUUUUGAUUUAGCUGGGGUUGCCAACAGAGGUAGUUCAAGAUCUAAAUACGGUGUCAAGAAGCCAAAACAAUAG